AUGAUCAAGUCGACGGCCAACGGCCUCCUUGUCACCGGAACUGAUCUCGAUAUUUAUUCAACCACGUUUGUGCCUGGCCAAGUCUCCAAGCGUUUUUCAGCGAUCGUUGAUGCCAACAAACUGAAGACGACACUAGACAGGAUUAAGGAUGCUCAACAGACAAACCUUACCUUAGAUGGUGAAACGCUUACUGCAACGGUUGGGAAAAUUGUUCUAACUCUGAGCCAGCCAUACGAUGAGGAAGACUUCCCGAUCGAUCCUGGCUUUCGUGCGAAGCUGAAGCAAUCCAAUGCAUGCUUCACAGUUCCUUCAUCGCUACUGUCAAAAGUCCUCACAAGUGUUGAGUUUGCAAUCUCGGAGGAAGAGACCCGCUAUUACUUAAACGGCAUUUAUAUUUGCGUUGAUCCUAAGUCCAAGCUGCUUUCAUUUGUCUCAACAGACGGGCAUCGACUAGCAAGAUACGAGAUCGACUGUCCUGAAGGCGCCGAAGCCAUGCCAGAUGCAGGCGUAAUCGUGCCUACUAAGACGGUACGAGAGCUGCACCGCCUUCUGAAGCGGAAGGGCUGCCCCGCGGAUACCUUCAUCACCAUAACGGAUACGGGAGUAUCAUUUACGAUUGGCGAAGAUGAAACUAUCGAAAGCAAAGUGGUUGACGCGACGUUUCCAGAUUACAAAAGGCACGAUUAUCGUAUGGAUAAUGUGGUCGAUUGUAUAGAAGUUCAACCUCAUUUAGCUCAUGCACUUGAAGCAGAGAACGUUUACAGCAAAGUUCUUUGCGCUGACUUCCUAGCGGUGACGCCUGACCUCAACCGUCUUUACGAUCGUGUGGUUAUGAACCCUCCCUUCGACCGUGAACGGGACAUAGAUCAUGUCGUUCAUGCAUUAAAAUUUCUCAAGCCCGAUGGACGUUUGAUUGCUAUCAUGUCUGCUGGCACUGAGUUCAGGCAAACAGCCAAGGCCAUUGCUUUCCGUAAGCUUAUGCAAGAUAUGGGAGCAACUUGGAGAGAUCUACCGCACAACUCAUUUUCAGAAGUCGGAACCAAUGUAAACACUGGCUUCAUAACUGUAAGAAAGAAUGGGACGCCAAAAGGGAAAUACGAGCCUCCGACUUGGCCAAAGGUCGGCUAA